AUGUCUGAAAACCAAAAGUUGCCUCCAAUUGGGUAUGUGCGGAAUGAGGAUCUCUUCGUUAUCACCUACAUCUAUGUAAUUUUUGGUGCUAUAACCCUGUUUCUGAACAUCCCACUGGCAAUAUAUCUUCUAAAAACUACAAACAAGAACCAGAAAGAGCUUAUUGUAAUUAUCGCUUUAGCUCUAAGUGAUACAACUUGUGCAGGGCAGUUUCUUGCAAUGGGAAUCUAUCGCUUUCUGGUCUGGUUCAACGAUGUGUUCUUCAUCACUCAAGCUGCGUGCAAUCGAAAUGUGAUAGUGGCAUCUUAUCAAAUAUGCAUUCAGAUGGAUAACUAUUUCACAUUAGCGAUUUCUUUCGAUCGAUUGUUUGCUGUGCUAUUCCCAGUUAGAUAUAACAAAUGUGGACCUGGAUACACCUUUUUCUUGAUAACAUCCCCAAUAACUGCUUCUCUCAUUGGAUACGGUGCACAUCUCUUGGUGAUAUCAUUGUCAGACCCAAAAUUUGUUGACGAAAUCUGCUUUAAUUUUCUGGUUAUACUACCUGGUUUUCGGGAUUAUAUGGCUUUCCUCCGGAUGUUCUGUGUUCUGAUCCCGACCCUCAUUUAUUUCUUCAUCUAUAUUCGAAUGAAAUUCAAGUUUCAGAGAUACGGCAAUUCAAAUGCAGUGCUCAGCAAAGGAAUGAAACAUUUAACCAAGACAGUUGCAUACAUCACUCUGGCCUCGGUAUUCCUUGUACUCAUUCCUGAAAUCUGGUGGUAUUUUCGUUUGUUCGGAGGCAUGGAUGCCAGUUUUUACUUCAUGUUUAUCCUUCUGAAGAAAAUUGUCACAUUCUUCAUUCACACGAUCCGACAUCGAGAACUGAUGAAACACGUCGAAAAGAUUCUACCAAAAAAAUUCUCAAAAAUGAUCCAUUUAGACACACAAUCCCAAUCAGUAGUUUCCAAAGUCAAAGUUCUCAGAGAAGUUUCUCAUCCCAUGACAACUAGUAUGCGGUGA